AUGAUCGAGACGAAUAACGUCCUGACGAAGCCCUCCGGGCCCGAGUAUCAAUUCCUUGUUGGAGAGGGUCUGUAUGUACUAAGGGAGGACCUUCACCUCGCAACUCCCCCGCCACACCCCUCCGAGGCCCCCGUCGUCAACCCAAAUCCUCUCUCGACGGCUGCUCAACCGGCAACCGUUGGCACCCGUCUUUCGCUGCUCACUCUCGAUUCGGGCCCGCUUUCACCUCCCGUCUACCGGACGUCUUCUCGAUCAGAUGGCGUUCAAGGAGGCAUUCCUGAGCACCCAGAUGAGAGCCAAUCAUCAACAGAUGUGCGUGAGAGCAGCAGUGAUGCCGGCCGCAUCAACUCGGGCGAGAUGCCGCCGUUGGCAUCCAGCGCCCCAGCAUUUGGUGAGGGCAACAGUGCUCUAGCGCCGCCAGCACAGAAAGAUCCGAACAAGCGACGGAAACCGAAAAACAACAUGUCGAAGAGCAACUCUUCCUUCAUCUCCAGGGUGAUCAACCACGAGACCUUGGCCAAGCGAUUACAGGAACGAGCUACAGACGGCAUGUUUGCGUUUGUCAACAUCAACCGGGCCUUUCAAUGGCUCGACCUUUCGUCUUCAGCAAAGAAGGCCGAUUACCUGACCAAGAUUCUAUUUACCAAGGCACACUGCUUAUGCCACGACGUGAACAGGGUCACUAGAAGCUCCUCCCAUAUUGACGUGAUCAUGGGUUUCUCAACAGGCGAAAUCAUCUGGUGGGAGCCCAUCUCCCAGCGGUACACUCGUCUCAACAAGCAUGGUAUCAUCAACAAGGCGCCUGUGUUCGAGAUUGAAUGGAUCCCAGGGUCGGAAAACCUCUUUCUUGCCGCGCACAUGGACGGCUCUCUGAUAGUCUACGACAAGGAAAAGGAGGACGGCUCCUUUUCCGCCGAGGACGAGGGCGGCUUAGCCCGGACCAGCAGCGAGAUGGGCAGCGGCAGCGGCUCCCACCAUUCCUGCCAGAUCCAAGUCAACAAAUCGGUCCACUCCAAAACCCAAAAGACCAACCCCGUAGCCGUGUGGAAGCUUUCCAACCACCGUAUCAACGCCUUCGCCUUUUCCCCCGACAACCGCCAUCUGGCCGUGGUGUCGGAGGACGGAUCGCUGCGGAUAAUUGAUUACCUCAAAGAAGAACUCCUAGAUCUCUUUUACGCGUACUACGGCGGCCUAACGUGCGUCUGCUGGUCUCCGGACGGUAAGUACGUCCUCACGGGCGGGCAAGACGAUCUCAUUUCCAUCUGGUGCCCGUCCGAGGCCGAAGGGUCGUCGGGGCUCGUCGCCCGCUGUCAGGGCCACCACUCGUGGGUGACGAGCGUGGCCUUUGACCCCUGGCGGUGCGACGACAAGAACUACAGGUUCGGAAGUGUUGGCGAGGACGGCAGGCUCUGCCUGUGGGAUUUCAGUGUUGGCAUGUUGCACCGGCCGAGGGCGGCAUCGGUUAGGCACCGCGGCUCUGUCUCGUCCCGCCCUGGCCUAACGCCGCUCCACCGGGCCGAGACGGCUGCUACAGCUGCUACGAAUGCUACAGGCGCCAGCGGCGGAGAUGCUGCCAGUCCGGGCGGCCCCGACCCAAACUCCCAGAAGGCGGAAGCGGAGGGGAACGGCGGCGGCAAGCGGAUGGUGGUCCCGCAUCCUGUUGAGCCAAGGGCUACCACGGCCAUGCUCCCGCCUGUAUCGAGCAAAACGGUCGAUCAAGACCCGCUGUGUUGGCUUGAGUUCACGCCGGAUGCCAUUUUGACGAGUUGCAAGUCAGGGCAUAUCCGGACGUGGAGCCGUCCUUCAGAGCUGGCGUCCCAGUUGGAGGAGCAGAAGCAGACCUGA